AUGUCCAGCAUGAUCCCCAUAUUCCUGACAGGGCUCUGCUUCCUGUUCCUCGGGCCCACUUGUUGCAGUGGCAGCAGGAUCCUUGUAGUGCCUGUUGAUGGCAGCCACUGGGUAAACAUGGAGAUUAUCCUCCGUGAGCUACACGCCAGAGGCCAUAACAUCACUGUGCUGCGCUCUCCCAAUAGCUGGUACAUCCCAAGUCACUCUCCGAUGUAUACCUUCAUUAAUGUGACCAUGCUGGAGGACGAAGCAGACAUAAACUUCUACAAUAAAAUGCUACUAGAUGUUAUGGAAUGCCGCGGUUAUCCAACUUUUAUACGCAGCUUCUUCCAACAGUACUUGAUCACAUCCAUGUUGCGAGAGGGCCAUAAGAUGAUUGCCAGAUCAACUGCUACAAUGUUAGACAACCCAAUUUUUAUGAAAAGCCUGCAAGAUGCCAAAUUUGACUUAAUGUUAACAGACCCUGCUCUGCCUACAGGGGUUCUUCUGGGAGGUUACCUCAAGCUGCCAAUGGUUUUCAAUGUACGUUGGAUUAAUAAUGGAGAGGGCCAUUUCGUCAUAGCCCCCUCUCCUGUCUCCUAUGUCCCUGUGUCAGGAAGUGAACUUCAUGACCAGAUGGAUUUUCUGGAAAGAACCAAGAAUAUGUUACAUUAUCUGUAUAGUUUUGUUGAACAGCACUUUUUCAUCAGCCCUGCCUACUCAGAUCUGCUCCAGAGGCAUUACCCUCCUGGAACUGACUUGCUAUCUUUGCAGCGUGCAGCUGAUAUCUGGUUGGUGAGGACGGAUUUUGUCUUUGAGUUCUCUCGGCCCACCAUGCCAAACGUGGUCUACAUAGGGGGUUUCCAGGGUAAAAAUCCCGGUCCCCUCCCUGCCAAGCUGGAGGCCUUUAUGCAGAGCUCUGGGGAGCACGGGGUGGUCAUCAUGUCUUUGGGAACGCUGGUGUCAGCCCUGCCUCGUGAGACGACAGAGGCCAUCGCUGCUGCCUUUGCUCAGCUACCUCAGAAGGUGGUGUGGAAGUUUGUGGGAGAAAAGCCUUCAUCCCUGGGGAACAAUACCCUGCUGGUGGACUGGCUGCCUCAGAGAGACCUUCUGGGUCACCCCAAAACUCGUGCCUUUGUAGCCCACGGAGGCACCAAUGGCAUGUAUGAGGCCAUCUACCAUGGCGUUCCUGUUCUGGGCCUUCCCCUUCUCUUUGAUCAGUUCGACAACGUACUCCGGUUGAAGGUACGUGGAGCAGCUAGGGUGGUGGAGGCCUAUUCACUCACCACAGAAAACUUCCUGGAGGCUCUAAAGGACAUUCUGGAGACUCCCUCAUACCGUGACAACAUACAGCGUCUCUCACAGCUACACCGCGACCAGCUAAUAUCUCCUAUGGACACUGCAGUCUUUUGGAUUGAGUAUGUAAUCAGAAACAAAGGAGCAGCACAUCUGCAGUCAGCAGGUUUUAGUCUGCCUUGGUACUCAUACUUCUGCUUGGAUGUGGCUGUUUUCAUUUUGGCUCUGAUUGGAGCCUUUGUCUGGGCUUUAGUCUUAACCUGUCAGAUUUUCUGCUGCCGAAAGUCCCAGAGAAAGAUGAAAGCAGAGUAA